AGUUGUCCCAUUGCUAUUACUUCCUCUUGCCCUGCGCAGGCUCACAUCGCCACAGAAUGCGGAUUUCGAAGCUAAUGAGAAUAGCUAGCCAGUAAGCUAAAAACAAGCUUCUUGUUGUUAGGGUUUAGAAGGGUACAAUGUCUAAAACGUAUCCACAGCCCCCGUCAUCUUCGGUAGCGACGAGUGCCGGAGGACACUCUUCGUCCUCUUCGUCUUCGCCUGCAGGGGGGUCAACAUCUCCUGCAACCGUGUUGAACGUGCAGCCCGAGAAACCUCAACAUUACACAUAUCUGAAGGAGUUUAGAACGGAGCAGUGUCCCCUGUUCGUGCAACAUAAAUGUACACAGCACCGUCCUUUUUCCUGUUUCCACUGGCACUUCCUGAACCAGCGACGCCGCAGGCCAAUACGCAGACGGGACGGAACCUUCAACUACAGCCCAGAUGUUUACUGUACCAAAUAUGAUGAGGGAACAGGCACCUGCCCCGACGGAGAUGAGUGCCCAUUUCUGCAUCGAACAGCAGGUGACACAGAGCGCAGGUACCAUCUCCGCUACUAUAAAACUGGAUCGUGUAUCCAUGAAACUGAUGCAAAAGGCCACUGCAGCAAGAACGGCUCCCACUGUGCAUUUGCUCACGGAUCACAUGACCUACGCAGCCCCGUUUAUGACAUCAGGGAAAUGCAGGUGAUGGAGUCUCAAGGAGGCUCAGGGAUCACAGACGGAGGUGGAGGAGAUGGGCAGUCGGGACAGGCAGCGAGUACAGCCCUCAUAGAGAAGAUCUUGAGUGAGGAGCCACGCUGGCAAGAUAAUGACUACGUGCUGUCCCAUUACAAGACGGAGCUCUGUAAGAAACCACCUCGCCUGUGUCGUCAAGGUUAUGCCUGUCCGUAUUAUCACAACAGCAAAGACAGGAGACGCAGCCCACACAAGCACAAAUACAGAGCGUUGCCAUGUCCUGCGGUGAAGCAAAGUGAAGAGUGGGGAGAUCCCAGUAAAUGUGAGGGAGCUGAGUCAUGUCAGUACUGCCACACGAGAACAGAACAACAGUUCCACCCAGAGAUCUAUAAAUCCACCAAGUGCAAUGACAUGCAGCAGUGUGGCAGCUGUCCCAGAGGGCCCUUCUGUGCCUUUGCUCAUGUUGAAAAGCCCUUUGUUCCAGAGGAACCAUCAUUCCCCAACCCCAGCUCCCCUCCACCUCCUAGGCCUCCAGACCCUAUUCCUGUCCAGGAGGUUUCUGCCAGUCCCGGUUGUCACAGCAUGGGGUCUUGCUCUAUGUCGGAUCCCUUCUCUCCUUCUGCAGGCUCAUGUGUAGCAGAGCGGGGCUUUCUUGGUAGCGUUUUGUCUCUGUGUGAGGACAUGAGUGGAUCUGCAGAACCUCAGUCUCCGUGGGCGGGAGAGGGAGGGUACGGCAGGGCACCUGGCUUUGAGAGGGAAGAUCAGGCCAAACAAAGGGGUUUUGCUCUAGAGCAGCGGCACAGAGAACUAGCAUCAACUCAGAACAAACAGGACCUUCAGGUGUUUUUGCCAGUUGGCAGCCCUUUGAGUCUGUCCUCCAGUAUCCCCUCUAGUCUGGCAGCCACACCACCUAGCCCUGCUCCGCUUGGACCCCCAGGAUCCAGCAUAUCCUCUGGAAUGAAUGCUAAUGCCUUGCCCUUUUACCCGACUAGUGAAACGGUGGAAUCAGUUGUUGAAUCAGCCCUGGAUGAUCUCGACCUGAAUGACUUUGGUGUGUCGGCGUUGGAGAGAAGCUUGGAGAGCAGCUCUGCUCUGCCCAGUGUGGGAGUCAUGCUCGGAGGUAGCCAGCUUCAGAGUUCUGCCCCAGUGAACAUCCCAGGCUCUUUUAGCAGCUCCGCUGCUUUUAGCUCACCUUCACCAUCUCCCCCAGUCAGGCCGCAUGCUUCACCAUUCUUCUCUACUCAUCUGUCCCAACCUGGCCAAUCAGAGAGCAGCUUCCUGGGACCAUCUCAUAGCUCUUUAGGUCUGAAUGGUAUGAGUACUAAUAUCUGGGAGCACUUCCCAUCAGGCCAGGGGUCUCCUGGUACACCUCCUACCCUACUGCCCUCUGCUCCUUGUGCAGAGACCUCCAGGCUCAAACAGGAGCUGGAGGAAGCUCACAGGACACUGAAGCAGUGGGGUCACAGCUGGAGACACACAGCUCAGUCGUUUGCAGCACUGAAAGCGGAUGCAGAGGAGUCACGUGCCCAUGCAACGCGGUUAGCCAUGGAAGCAGAAAGAGCCAGGCAGGCUGAGGAGGAGGCGCAGAGACAAGCUACUCUCCUGCAGGAGGCGCUGGAGAGCUUAAGGAGCGGAGAUAAUCCUCAUCUGUCACUGCACCAACUCCAGCUACUACACCGGCUGCCGUUGGAGUCGGUCCUCAGUUUACAGGCUCAGCUUUGUACCUGCUUACAUGCUGUGGAACAGGUGGUGUACAGGAAACAGAGACAGUGCUGCGUGACGUGUGGAGAGCAGGGCUCGGUGUCGCUGCCCUGUGGCCAUGGACUACAGUGUGAGGGCUGCUCCACCUCUACAGAUUGCCCACUGUGCCCUGAACAGAGCCUGGAACAGCAGCUCUCUUGACCUCACAAUUCAGUGGGAC